AUGAAGAAGUUUUUCUCCCGGUGUUUGGGAGGGGAGAAAGAAGAGGGUUUGCGACUGGAGAACUUGGUCGCUGUCCGGGGUACUGUACAGGAGCGUCAGUUCACCCUGGACUCGUUUUUUGAGGAGAUACUGCAGAAGCGGCUGCAGGAAGAGAAAGAAGUCCUUUCUGUUUCGGAGCGUCAGUUCACUUUGGACGCCUUUUUUGAGGAGGUGCUGCAGAAGCGGCUGCAGGAAGAGAAAGAAGUCCGUCCUGCUCCGGAGCGUCAGUUCACCCUGGACUCGUUUUUUGAGGAGAUACUGCAGAAGCGGCUGCAGGAAGAGAAAGAACUCCUUUCUGUUUCGGAGCGUCAGUUCACUUUGGACGCCUUUUUUGAGGAGGUGCUGCAGAAGCGGCUGCAGGAAGAGAAGGAAGUCCGUCCUGCUCCGGAGCGUCAGUUCACCCUGGACUCGUUUUUUGAGGAGAUACUGCAGGAGCGGCUGCAGGAAGAGAAAGAAGUCCUUUCUGUUUCGGAGCGUCAGUUCACUGUGGACGCCUUUUUUGAGGAGGUGCUGCAGAAGCGGCUGCAGGAAGAGAAAGAAGUCCGUCCUGCUCCGGAGCGUCAGUUCACCCUGGACUCGUUUUUUGAGGAGAUACUGCAGGAGCGGCUGCAGGAAGAGAAAGAAGUCCUUUCUGUUUCGGAGCGUCAGUUCACUUUGGACGCCUUUUUUGAGGAGGUGCUGCAGAAGCGGCUGCAGGAAGAGAAAUAA